GCCAUGAUAACGACGCAGUCUGCCAUAGUGUCAUGGCGGUGACUAGUGAAAACACAAAUUUCUUGCAGUAGAAUAGUUAACUAGGAAGGCAUUUUGACUGUGUUGUUCGAUUAUACUCAGUAUGUAUCAUGAAGAAACUCACAAAAGAAGACACUUGGAAAACAGAUGAACUGAAGAAACACAUGCGGGGAUAUGAGGAAGACAGCAUCAAGAGGGGGAGAAAAUGCGACGCAGUGAGGAUGAAAGGAGACACAGGAGUGGAGUAUCUGUGGACCGUCGACAUCGAGACCGUGAUCGGGAAGAGAGAAGAGAUGGAGAGAGACUGAAGGAGAGAGAACAAAAAGAGCGAACAAAGCAUAGAGAGCUGGAGAGGGACAAGGAUCUGGACAGAAGAAGAGAGGACUCCAGAGAGAAGAUGGAUGAGAGAAAUGAACGAGAAAGAGAACGACGAAAGGACAGAGAGAAAGACAGAGGGCUAGACACUGACAGGUACAGAGAUGGAGAGAGAGGAAGUAAAGAUAGAAGAUAUGACAGAGCAGAGAAGGAGAAUAGAGAAAAAGAACGGGAGCGAGAGAGAUAUAAGGAAACAAUGUCAGAGAGGGAAAAAGAGAAGGAGAGGGACCGAAGAAGAGCAGAGAAAGAGAGGGAUCGAAGGAGUGACAGAGACAGAAAGAAAGAUGAGGAUAGAGACAUUGCAAGAGAUGUUGCUAAAAUGAGAUUACAGGAUGGAGAGAUGGAAACAGAGCGAGAUAGGAGAGAGAGACACAGGUCUAGGGGCUACAUGAAAGAGACUGAGCACCACAGAGAGGGAAAGGACAAAAACAGAGAAAGAGACAGAAAAGAAUGGCAUGGCGACAGAGAACAAUCUGGAUACAGAGAAGGCCGGGAACACAGAAGAGAGAAAGAGGAGGAAGAGAGAAGAAGACGCGACCGAGACCUGCGUGUAAGGGGUGGAGGUGAGAUGCGAGAUUCAGAACGGGAGCGACGCCACCGCGAACAGAAGGGUUCUGAGGGUCGUAUCCAUGGUGACAGGGAUCGAGACCAGGAAAGAGAGAGGAAGGAACGAGACCGGCAUCGGGAGAAGAGACACGGGGAAGAAUCGGAUCAGACGAAGAGGGAAAUCCAAAACACAGCAUCUAGUCAUAAGCACCGAGACCACAGAGGAGAUAAAGAGGUUGAAAAUGAAGAAAAAACAUCGGGUGAGGACUAUGAGGAGGUGGAUUAUGAGGAGGAUUUUGAGAAAAUGGACUAUGAGGAGGAUUUUGAGGAUGUUGAUGAAGAUGAGCAUGGUUCUGAAGAGGAAAAAGAAGAGGCCGAUAAAGACCUUAGCCCAGAGAGGAGAGAGGAGAUCCGAGCCAUCCAGAGGGCCAUGGAUGAGGAGAAUGAGAGAGUGGGAUCCUCACAGUCACGGCCCACGACGCAGGAGAGCUUGCCGCCCAGUACAGACACUCAGACAAGACAAAGUCGUCCACAAAGAGGAGUCAUAGAUUUUGUUUCUGCAAAGCGUCGUGAGGUCAACCAGAAGGUGUCUAGCAGACAGAAGAAGCGCAGUGCUGAGCUGCUUCGGAUGAUUGAUCUGGACUUUUCCGUUACCUUCUCCCUUCUUGACCUGCCGCCUGUCAACGAGUAUGACAUGUACAUCAAAAGCUUUGGGACCACAAACACCAGACAGGCUUAUGUCCAGUGCAAUGAAGACAACACAGACAGAGAGGUGCAAACUGAAGAGACUGACAUGAGUGACAAGUGGACGCAGCAUCCAGCUGAAUUCAGCGUAUCAUGUGGAGGACCGGACCAUUCCCAGAAUGCUGUGGGUGACACCGCCCUCAGGACAAAUUUUGACUCCCGGCGCCUAGUGUCCUUCCUGCGCUCUGCAACACAGGUGAUGUCUGUGCUUCUGGAGGAGGACCGGGCCGAGAAACACGCGCUGACCAGGCUCAAGUCCCAGUCUGACUCGCUGUCCUUCAGCGACGGCUGCCUGCAGCUUAACACCAGGCUGCCCUUCUUGCACGGUCGACAGGUCAGCCACCUCCACUUCUCUGAUGCCCAGCGGCAGACCCUUCUCUCCGUCCAUGCCCCAUCCAGCAUGUCCAGUGCCAUACGCUUGGACUCCCAGAGCAUCAUCUGCUUGUGGAACAUCUGGGAGCCUUCCAGGCCUCAGAAGAUCCUGGUCUACGAGUCAGAGGUGUGCUGCUGCUGCCUCAGUCCAGGGAAGGCCAUGCUGGUGUUCGCUGGGACCUCCGUGGGGUCAGUAGUGCUGUGGGACCUGCGGGAGCCUUCCAGUAGCCACUACAGCCUGACGAUAGGAGAGAGCGACUGGACACUGCGCUACCCCACCUUUUCCACUGAUGCUGUGCUCUCAGGGUCUGGUCACCUGUCGGCCGUGCAGUCAGUGGAGCCUGUCAGCGUUCCUGUGUCUGAGGGACUCAGACCAGAGCUCCCCCUACUGGCAAACCAAGAAGAAUCCUUGGGGUUGUCCUUCCAGUUAGCCUCUCUUGAUGAAAAAGGGGUGCUUAAUCUCUGGGUGGUUGUGGAGCUUCCCAAAUCCAGUGAUGCUGGAUCACAGACUGAUCUGGGGUUGAGGCCCGGAGGGAAGGUGAAACUGCUCCACAGCUCCUCUCUGCAGACAUGUGACUCAGGGUCCUCCCCUCAUGAUCUUGGUCAUCCAGGACCACUCCAGGCCCUGCUGCUGAAAUUCCUCCCCUCUGACUCCAGCCACUACUUCAUCGGCACAAACAUGGGUGUAGUAAACCAUGGGACCAGGCAUGGCCUGAAGGCCCCACCUAAGUUCUACUGCCCCCUGGUGGCUGGCUUUAGGCCUGUGCAGGUCAGCUCUCUGGAGUUCUGCCCCAGCGGACAGCCCCACUUCCUGGUGGGCUGUGAUGAUGGCAGUGUACGGUUACACUCAGUCCAGAGCGAGCAGCCCCUGUUAGAGUGGACUGGCAGCACUGCAGGGGAGGAGGUGGUCUCGGUCCAGUGGGCUCUGACCCGGCCUGCUGUUUUCUGUGUGCUGGAUGCCGCGUCCUGUCUGCACAUCUGGGAUCUGGUGGAAGACGAUCAGAGGCCUGUCCUCACUGAGAGGAUUGAUGUCGACAGGGUGACCACCAUGGCUGUGUUUGGAGACCCUGCAAAGCAGAACACAUACUCUGGCAUCGCGCUGGCAAAGCAUUCUGGGAGGAUUGAAAUUCAUUAUCUCAGGAAGCGGUUCACUGUGCCUACCCCUGCUGACAGCGAGAAGCUGGACAGCCUCAUACAAGACGCUUUUUAAACUGAGUGCCUGAGCUCACCAGUCUGGCCUACAGAGUUGGCUAUAAAAUUAUCUUUAUUUGUUUGGGACAAAGAGGUCCAGGAGCACACUUGUUCUCUACUUAUUUUUGUAAACAGAGCUGUGUAGAACCAUAUCAUGGCUUAUUUAUUUAGUACAGAAUUGUAUUUAUUGCUUUUGAGAUCAAAUUUGUGAUGAAGUGCCACAGUGGUAUAUUACUUUUGCACUUGCCAUACAAAUGUAUGGGAAAUCAUCCAGAGUCAACAUUAAGUAGCCUAAUUAGCUUUUGAUAUUUAUGGAUAUUUUUAUGACCAACCAACAGUGUAGGCUAGUUCUUUGGAAAUACAAAAAAGAGAGAAUAUAAGUUUAAUUCACCUCAGGGAAGAAUUGAUUUAAUUCCAUUCAUUUGUCUUGUCUUUUUUUCUUUUCUUUUUUAAUCUCUUGUAACUUGUUACUGGUUUUGUAGCCUAUAUGUGCUGAUUAUAUUGGAUCCACAACAUUUCCAAAAAUGUCUUUGCAAUAAAGAAUGGCUGUGCACAUUA